AUGUUGCUCUCUGGUCUCCUAUCUUUGGCCUCUUUGGCAGGCUUCGUUGCCACUACACCGGUUUCCGUUUCUUCCAGAAACAGCACUUUCUCCCUACAAGCAGCCGAUUGCAACGCCCCUGUGGCCGGCCUGUCCUUCGAGGACUGCCUGCACAUGAACAACAUUGGCAUGGCCGGCAUGGGCGACAACCCCUUUUGGAACAACGGCUACAUCUGGAUCGGCGACGACGGACCCAACAGGUUCCGGUUCACCAACACGGGCGGCGUGCCCAUGACCCUCAUCUUGUGGGACUUUGCCAACGGCGACUACCAGUCCUCCUUUAUGAACGUCCGCCGCCCCAAAAUCUCCUACUCCCUCCCCGGCUCUGGCAGCUCCGUCACCAUCUCUGUCGCCAGCGGCAUCACGCUCGCCUACGCUACGCUCAACAACCGCCAGACGACACUCUCCCGCUGGGGUCAGAUCUUCAACACCUGGGGCGAGGCUACUACGGGCAAUGGCUGGCCAGGGUCGGCGACGAUCAAUGUCAGUCGACUUGUCAACAUGAAUGGCAACCCACAGUCAUGCAAGAAUGGUCUGAGCGAGUGUGGGGAGUCGGGCUCCUAUGACCUGCUCAGAUGCACGCCGGACGUCAACCCCGAUUCUGGCACGGGCUGGCUGAAUGGUAACCCUGAGGGAGGGUGCUACGGUUGGGACAAUGGGGGUGAUAUCUACAUCAGCCUUGGGAACUAA